AUGAUCAGCAUCAAUCGUCAGCUGAUGUCAGCUGGUGGCCAGUUUCCGUGGAGGCAGCUCCGCCGGGAGUGCAUCAGUUUCAACGCAGCGGUGAAGCUCCUCGGCUUCAGGCUGACGCGGAUGUCUAGAGGUUCAGCAAUCAACUGCCUGACGAGGCCAGAAACCGCCUGGUGGUUGGUCCUAGCGUCAUUGGAGGAGAUGACGACCACGAAUAUACAACCAGAUGUCAUCAGCUUUGACACUGCUCUGACUUCCGUUUCUGCAGCCAAGCGCUGGAAGUGCGGGGUACAGCUCUGGAGACGACUUGGGAGUGCCACCGUGGAAGCAGACGUGAUGUUGCAUAGCGGCUUCAUGUCGCGGGAAGCCACAGGUGGCAACUGGCAGCGUAUGGUCCAGCGCCUGCAGCACAUGCUUUGCUUGGGGAUCCUUCCAGAUGACAUCAGCUAUGGAAAUGCCCUGAGUAGCUGCCAAGCUGCCGAAAACGCCUGGCCCGUGGCCCUAGCGCUGUCGCUGCGCCGCAUGGCACCGCGGCUGCUGGCGCCGCUGCUGGAUGCAUGUGCCGUGGAGGUGGUGUGGGAGGAGGCCCUGGCGGUGCUCCAAGGAGCAUGUGACCAGCACGCAGCAGUUGACACUUUCUGCUACAACGCCCUCUUAAAUGUCCUCUCCAAAGCAACGCAGUGGCAACUGGCCCUGGGACUUCUCCACAGCAUGGAGUCGCAGAACUUGGUGAGUUUCAACGCAGCCCUGGAGGCAUGCCGUUUGGGCCGCCAAUGGCGCGGUGCCGUGCAGUUGUUGCAGAACUUGGCGGAUUAUGGGCUCCAGGGCAAUGUGGUGAGCUACGGUGCUGCGGUGAAUGCCUGUGAGCGUGCCAUGCAAUGGUGGCCCGCACUGCAGUCGCUGCAGCGGCUCCAGGGCAUCUGGCCAUCGACCUGGGAUCGGACCAUCCAGCAAUUGGUGCCUCGGAUGGCCAGCCAGGGUCAACGGGGGAUACCUAGGGGAUAUACUCGUACCAAGUUUACGUGUAUAUAUAUAUAUUAUAUGUUAAUAUGA